GAUCCGAUGCCACCUUCUCCUUCUUCGCGUCCGGGCUCUUUACCCUUUCUCCUCUCCGUCUCUCUCUCUCUCCCUGGUUCCGAUUCCAUCGUCGCCCCCGUCCUUCAUUAGCCACAUUGGAGUCGACUUGGGUUUAGCAGCGUACGAUCACGAUGAGCGAGGUAUUCGAUGGUUACGAGCGCCAAUACUGUGAGAUCUCGGCGUCUCUCUCGCGUAAAUGCACAUCUGCUGCUCAUCUCGAUGGAGAGAAAAAGAAGCAGAAGGUCUCGGAAAUCAAAGCUGGCCUGGAUGAUGCAGAAAAUUUGAUUAGGAAGAUGGAUCUUGAAGCGAGAAGCUUGCAGCCAAGUGUAAAGGCAGGAUUGCUGGCAAAGCUGAGGGAAUACAAAUCAGACCUUAACAACUUGAAGAGUGAACUGAAAAGAAUUACCACCCCUAAUCCUACCCAAGCUUCAAGGGAAGAGCUGCUGGAGUCGGGGAAGGCUGACAUGAUAGCGGUCUCUGCUGAUCAAAGGGGACGGCUAUUGAUGUCAACAGAGAGACUUAAUCAGUCUACUGACAGGAUAAAGGAGGGUAGAAGGACGAUGCUAGAGACAGAAGAACUUGGUGUUUCAAUUCUUCAGGACUUACAUCAACAACGGCAAUCUCUCUUGCAUGCCCAUAACACGCUGCAUGGAGUCGACGACAACAUCAGCAAGAGCAGGAAGAUCCUGACUGCCAUGUCAAGAAGGAUGGAUCGGAACAAGUGGAUCAUCGGGGGAAUCAUGGUGGCUCUGGUUCUGGCGAUUCUGGUGAUCCUGUACUUUAAGCUCACUCAUUGAAGACCUUGCCAACUCAUGGUUGGGGUUCUGAUGAGUGUGCCGUAAGUCUUGCUAUGGUUGAUGUGUGUUUCGUUUGCAUCGCAUGAUCGUUUAUUUCCAUGGAAGAACUUCUUCAUUGGUUGAGCUUCUCUUAUGCGGUGCUUCGGGUGUGUGGUGACGACUGCUUCGUUGACCAGCCUCGUCUGUUCUCGACAGAAACGCAACACGUUAUCUGAUGGUUGAUGAUGUCGUUUUAGCAUAUCUUAAUUUGAUCAAAUGUCUAAAGCCAAAUAGAAAUCUGUCUGCGAGUCGGAUGAAAUAUGCGAAUCUGUUUGACUGGAACAUGCAAGUGUGUUAAAAAUGCCCUAUCGUUUCUUUUU